AUGGACGGGCAACAGGACUACGACGAGGAUACCUCCUCUGAGGACGCUCUACCCGUCAUUUGGGUGAAGAGCUCAUAUGAAGUUAGUAUUCAGCGAGGCAGACAAAACGAGCAGACACCUGAGCAACACGUCGGCGAGGAACCGGAUACACAAGAUGACAGUUCACAUGACGAGGAGGACCUUGACAGCGAGAUGGAUGUGGACGAUGAAGGUAUCGAGUAUACGAGUGACAUGUCUGAAGAUCUCUCUGACGGAAAGUUAGGCUUUCAAUCUGGAGAAGACUCGGAGGACUCAGAAGACCACGGCGUUGAAAUGGAACCUGAUAGCGCGGGCGACGUGGAUCUUGAAAAUAUGUUCGAUGGGCUUUCUGACGAGUUCUCAGACUUCGAGGCCGGAGAAGACACAGAGGAGCAUCAGCCCAAUAGGGUUUCAGAUAGCCAGGACGAAACCUCAAACGACGAAAUGUCCGUUGACGACGAAGAUGGCGAGGCUUCGGGAGACAUGUCUAAAACUCUUUCCGACGGCGCAUCAGAUGACGAACAAGGUGGAGAGACAGGGCAGCAGAGCCACCAACUCGUCGCCCCCGAAGACUCUGAGACAGAAGAGCCUACCCAAAUAGAAACGGAAGAUUGUACCGCCUGCUACACAGAAGACAUCCCAGUCACGCUACUACAAGAACUUAUAUGCGGACAUGUCUAUUGCCGUCCAUGCCUCAUCCACAUCUUCAAAACAUCCCUCUUGUUUGCCUCGCACUUCCCCGCCCGAUGCUGCUAUGAAGAGAUCCCUCUCGAAGCCAUCGAGGCGCAUAUGCAUCAGAGCGACGUGCAACGUUACCGCGAGAAAUUGCUUGAGCACAGGACGAUAAAUCGAACGUACUGCAGUAACCGUCAAUGCCUCGAGUUCAUCCCUCCUAAUAACAUCUCCGAUGGUGGUGAACCCUGCUACGGGCACGAGGCAGAGUGUCCUGCUUGCAAGGAGGUCACUUGCACCAAGUGCAAGGAUAAGCGACAUACCGGUGCUUGCGAGAAGAAGGCCGACAUGGACCAGACCUUGGACCUUGCGCAGAGCGAAGGCUGGAAGCGAUGUUCUCGCUGCGGUCACCUCAUCGAGAAGAUUGAUGGGUGUUACCAUAUAAUUUGUCACUGCGGCUAUGAGUUCUGCUACAAGAUGCCGAUCCAGCCCCUCAACAACACAACACCCUGCCCCAUCGGAACCCAAUGCGAACCGUCCUCGGCUCCCACCGAUGCUCUUGCACCCUGCGUGUCUGCCAUGGCUGCUGAGACGCUGUCGCGCAUAUCGACGGCUGGAUUGCGCAUGAUUAUCUCAAAUAGAGGGGAGGUUUGCGAGGCAGCUGAUCAUCGACGGAUCAGCGGUGAUCGAUUGAACACCCCGCCAGCAACGAGAAUGAAACCAUCCCUCUUCGUUCUGACGACCCGAUCUGACGACCGGAUCUAUAUGAUCGACGUCAAGUCGGUGUUCGAUCCUGACUGUGCCAUUUACUCUCGUCGCGUCCUCCUCAACAAGAUCCCUCAGGGAACUACCCUCACCCAGAUCGCUAACGCGGUCUAUGGUGUUUAUACCACGCACGUCGUAAAUGGGUGCUGUUGGCAACUGAGCAUGUUGACGGCGAAGGCAAGCGAGGCUUCCGAUUAUUUACGAAAUGAUACCCGGAUAGACUCGGAGGAGACUUGCGCGUUGGAGUAUAUUGGUUUGCAGAUUGGAGAUGGUUUGGGUUAG